CAUACACCGGAACCUUAAAUUCGCUCGCCUAAGCGGCGUACCCGGUUGUGUUGCGACACGGACGGCAUUGUGUUGUCGACGCCCCCUGUGUGCAGAUAUGACGUCGCUGGGAAGCAGUGGGCAGUCCUCCACAGAAUACACAGUCAGAGUACCCAAGAACACAAACAAGAAGUACAACGUCAUGGCCUUCAACUCGGGGGACAAGGUGAACUUCUCUACCUGGACACAGGCGAAGAUGGAGCGUGAUCUGAGCAAUAAGAGGAUGUUCCAGGACGAGGAAGCUCCAGAAACGGGGGCGGGGAGCGAGUUCGGGAAGAAGCUCCGAGAGGUGUCCCGCAGGAAGAAAUUCGGGUUUGUCCCGCGGGAGUUCAAACUGGAGGACCAGCCCUGGCUGCUCCGGGUCAAUGGCAAGGCAGGACGCAAGUUCAAAGGGCAGAAGAAGGGUGGCGUGACGGAUAAUGCCUGCUAUUACAUCUUCACUCAGUGUCCCGACGGAGCCUUCGAGGCCUUCCCCGUCCACACCUGGUACAACUUCAGCACCGUGGCCCGACACCGCACCCUGACCGCAGAGGAGGCUGAGGAGGAGUGGGACCGGAGGAACAAGGUAGUGAAUCACUUCAGCAUCAUGCUGCAGCGCAGACUGAAGGACCAGGACAGGGAUGAUGGAGAGGAUGAGGAGGAGGAGAAGGAGAAGGGGAAAGGGAAGGGGAAAGGGAAAGCAAAGGGGAAGAAGAAGAGCAGCGAGCUGAAGAUACACGACCUGGAGGAUGACCUGGAGAUGAGCAGCACCGAGGAGAGCGAGGAGAGCGAGGAGGGGGACGGAGACAGCAAGCCCAAGAAGGCGGCCGCGGACGAGAAGAGCAAGACGAAGAAGACGACCGCGAAGAAGAGGAAGAAGAAGAAGGGCGGCUCUGACAGCGAGGCGAUCGAGGACAGCGAUGACGGAGACUUCGAGGGGCUGGAGGUGGAUUACAUGUCAGACGAGAGCAGCUCGGAAGAUGACGAACCAGAGAAGAUGAAACCAAACAAGGGACAGAACGUGCCCAAAGGGAUCGACGAGGCGUCGGACAGCAGUGAGGAGAGCGAGGAGGAGAAGAAGGAGGAGAAGAAGGAGGACGAGGAGGAGGAGGAGGACGAGGAGGAGGGCAAGAAGACUCCCGUCCAGCAGGAGAAGAAGAAGAAGAAAGACAGCAGUGACGACUCGGACUCCUCAGAGGACAGUGAUAUUGAUGGGGAGACGGCCUCAGCGCUCUUCAUGUCGAGGAAGAAGACUCCUCCCAAGAGGCCGGGGGGGAAAGGCUCAGCGGGGAGCUCUCGGGCCGGCAGUCGCCCCGGAACCCCCUCCCUGGACUCGGGGAGCACCUCGUCCACACUGCGCGCUGCAGCCAGCAAGCUGGAGCAAGGAGGUAAGAGGCAGGGGCAGGGGGGCCCAGACACCCCCGCUGCCAAGAGGCUGAAGAUGGAGCCGAACGCACAGAGCACCUCUGGGAAAUCAACCCCCCAGCCCCCGUCAGGGAAAUGCACCCCCAGCAGCAGCGAUGUUCACCUGACCGAGGAGGCUGUGCGCCGCUAUCUCAUCCGGAAGCCGAUGACCACGAAGGACCUGCUCAAGAAGUUCCAAACGAAGCGCACGGGUCUGAGCAGCGAGCAGACUGUGAACGUGCUGGCCCAGAUCCUGAAGAGACUGAACCCAGAGCGCAAGAGCAUCGCUGACAAGAUGCACUUCUACAUCAAGCAGUGAGGAGGGGAGGGGAGGGGAGGGGAGGGGAGGGACUGGACUGAACCCAGAGCGCAAGAGCAUCGCUGACAAGAUGCACUUCUACAUCAAGCAGUGAGGAGGGGAGGGGAGGGGAGGGACUGAACCCAGAGCGCAAGAGCAUCGCUGACAAGAUGCACUUCUACAUCAAGCAGUGAGGAGGGGAGGGGAGGGGAGGGGAGGGGAGGGACUGAACCCAGAGCUCUGCGGCUCCACACCAACCCCCCUCCCUCUGUGCGUCCCUGCUCUGCGGCUCCACACCAACCCCCCUCCCUCUGUGCGUCCCUGCUCUGCGGCUCCACACCAGCCCCCCUCCCUCUGUGCGUCCCUGCUCUGCGGCUCCACACCAACCCCCCUCCCUCUGUGCGUCCCUGCUCUGCGGCUCCACACCAACCCCCCUCCCUCUGUGCGUCCCUGCUCUGCGGCUCCACACCAACCCCCCUCCCUCUGUGCGUCCCUGCUCUGCGGCUCCACACCAGCCCCCCUCCCUCUGUGCGUCCCUGCUCUGCGGCUCCACACCAACCCCCCUCCCUCUGUGCGUCCCUGCUCUGCGGCUCCACACCAACCCCCCUCCCUCUGUGCGUCCCUGCUCUGCGGCUCCACACCAACCCCCCUCCCUCUGUGCGUCCCU